GAGAGGUCUACAUGAAAAUGGUGCUUCUUUUCCAUUACGAUUUUCGGAGUGAUUGUUUAAACCCUCGUUUUCUUUACACCGAAAGAAACAUAUGGCCCACGAAUCCUGUAAAGAAAAGCCGAGAAGCUACGAAAAGAAACCGGGAAUGACCAACUGCGGACGGCAUUUGAGCUUAAAGAUUUGCGUCUUGUCUCUAUCAUGCGAACUUCGCUCGUUCGCGUCAUAAUACUGCUUACCACUUAGCCCGUCGUCAUUUUCCUCUACGUGUAUUUUGCGAUGGUCUAUGGUAUCAUCUAUCUUAUGCUGUCUAACUUCCCAUCGCUGUGGACGACUUACUAUCACGAAUCCGUCGGCACAGGUGGUCUCAACUAUAUUGCUAUCAUGAUCGGCCUGAGCAUCGGUGCACAAGGAGGUGGGCGUAUUGUAGACUAUGUAUACAAGACCCUCAAAGCUCGAUCACCAGAUAAUACUGGAAGACCCGAAUUUCGCGUGCCUCUUCUUUUCUUCUCCGCCUUAUUGGUUGCAGCGGGACUUUUCAUGUAUGGGUGGUCCGCUGAAACAAGGACUUUCUGGCUUUCGGCAUACAUUGGUGCUGAGAAGUUUGACUGGGUUUGGGUUCCCGCUUUUCGCCCCUGCUAUGUAUUGUAAACUUGGUUAUGGAUGGGGUAAUAGUGUGCUCGGGUUCGCGGUCCUAGCCGUUGGCUAUGCUGGAGCUUUGAUUCUCUGGUUUUUGGGCACAGGCUGAGAGAGGCAAGUCCAUAUGCGAGAGGAGGUGGUUGAAGAAUGUAAAAUGGUUAAUUUAAUCCCACUUGCAUAGAAGAGGAGGAAAUAUCACAUGUAUAUAUCA